GAACCACAAAAUUACUCGGGACUUGAAGACUGGCAUACCAGAUCCAGUCUUCGUUCAAACUUCGUCAAAUUAAUCUAGUACCACCCUGUCUACGGUGCAGCGGCCUUUGAUGGUUCACUCCGAAUAACGGUAGAUGUUCAUUCGGUUCAUUCGAACAUCGAGUCACAGAGGCUUGUUUUGACUUUUACCCGUGUCCGUGUGUUCAAUCCGUUCAAUCACUCUUCGCGUUUGGUUUAAUGGAAUUUUCAUCAGUGCAAGUCUAUGUGCCAUCCGGGUGAAAAUUAGUGGUCAAUUCGGUGUUUCGGGCUUCUAAUCCGCGGAAAACAGUGUACAUCGGUUCUGACUCUGACAGUGUGGUGUUGUUGCGUGGUAAGGUGCAUCGGUGGGGGCAAACAACAAGUCGUAUCGCUUUUGUUGUAUAUGCAGUGAAAGCUGGUCUAGUGGGUUGGUUUAAUGGGAGAUACUCCAAUGGAGCUGAACGUAUCGAAUUGCUGUCGAUUGUGUCUGAAGGAUGCCUCCAGUGAUCGGACGGCUCCUAUCGAUUUAAUCCUGCGCCCAGAUGUAGGCGGUCUUAUUAAUGAGCUGUAUGGUCUUAACAUAAAGAAGACCGAGCGCGGCUCAAAGUAUAUCUGUUGGACCUGCUACAAAGAUGGGAUCAAGCUGCAAAAGCAACUGCAAAUCUGCGAGAGCAAGAAGAAGCUGAUAGCUUUGAAUCAGCAAAUUCUCCAGUCGCAAGAGGCGGCCUUUCCGGAUUUGGAAGAAGAUGAUUCGUUCAGCGAACUUCCCACCAGAUACCGUCCUCCGACGGCUACCCCAGCCAAAGUGCAGCUUCAGCUGGAUGAUUGCAUGCGAAGUGCACAUUUCCGCGAAUUGCUAUUGAACCCAUUCGAGCUUGGACACAUUCGUGUGUCCGGUCCAAUAUAUCAGGAUGCGAUCAACAGCUAUAUCGACAUGUGGUAUCCCGUGCAGUCGUUCUGUUCAAGGUGCCGGCAAAGCUUCUGGGAUCCAACACACUUCGAAGAGCACCUAGUGAGCUGUAAGCAUAAAUGUUUGUUCUGUAGAAGGGCGUACAGUGCCUACGAAAGCUGGAAGUCUCACACAUGUUCCAGACGGGAUCAUUACAGAAAAACUAGGAAAGCACGGCGGCUUAAAGCAGUUAAAGAAGCGAUCCCGAUUAAGCGCAUCAAAUUAGGAGACCUUAAACAAGCACUGACGACGAAACCGGUUAACACUGCUAAGGCACCUCCUCCUAAAGCGGCUAGUUCAAAAAUAACUACGGUACCAGCGAAUCCGUCAGCUACUAGAAUUGAAAGUGUUGCUAGUAUGGACAAAGAGUUGUCCAACCUUGUAGAACGAUGGUACGGUCAAGACCAAGACCUCGAUGAUCUUGAAUAUCAAGAGCCGGUCGUGAGGAAACCUCAACAGCCGAAACCUAGCAAUACAUUCACGAAUUCGCAACUGUGCAACAAGGUGAUCGAAAAUGCGUUCAACCCGAAUGGCCCAUCCCGUAGGCCGGCUAUUUCGGUGAAACCCAUGAGUCAGUUGCUGGGCCCGAACAGUAUUCCCGCAACUCCUCCACCUCCGUUAGUUGCUAUAAAUGCGUUCCAGAAUGAAGAAGGUGUACAACUAGCAUCAUUGAAUGAUGUCAUCGAGAUCGACGACGAUGAGCCGCCGGCUCCAGUUCCUUCUACAUCCACUGCUCCACCACCAACUCAAGCUACUGAGCAACAAAAGGCGCUGAGCGAAAAUGACAUUAUGAACAUUGUAAAACAUUUUAGAGGAAUUGACGAAAACGAAUCGUAUCUAGUGAAAGCUAAGAUAAAUGGCUCUCAGAAAUUGAUAUGUAUUAGUAAACGAAAAGGCGAAGGAAGCGGUACUUUAGCUAAUCCUAAUACAAAUGCUAUUAAAACCGCCAAACUACCCACAAAUUUGCCAGCAAUGACUGUAAAGCCAAAUCUAAAUGUACCUACGGCUCGUCCUGCGCCAAUGGUUUCCGGUGCCCUUGCAGCUACCAGCAAACCAGCUACAGUUGUCAGUGGUAUACAAAAUAAAACUGCGUUUAAAAACCCAUCCAUUCCUCAGACCAGUAUGCCGCAACUGAAGAUCACACACGUACAAUCCUUGGGACAAGCUGGUGGAACCAGCGCCGGUCAAGCGAAUGGAAAAUCUUCUCCGGCACUUAACCGACCUAGCAUUUCGGGGCAGCAAGCACCCAGACGAAUGUUGAAACCGGUUGCCACCCAGGUUCCCCCACUGGCAGUAGCAGCAGGCAGCAGUAGCACCGUACCCAAAGGCCCACGAAACAUAAUCGUGGGAAGUAAUUCGUUAAAUAUGCUAAACAUGCCGAAGGCUCCAAACACAAACCCGAGACCACCAGGUGGACCUAGCGUUAGUCAGAGUGCUACCGGCACUAUUCAGCGUAGAUUUAUCGUUCAACGUAAGCCCGCGCAAACCGUUACGCAAAGCUUGUUGAACCGAUCCCCGAACAAUAUUACCGUUGCAACAUCCAGCGGUUCAGAACGUAACUCGCUUCUGCGUAACCAACUCACGCAAUUACCGCCAAAGCAGUAUCCUAUUCAGCAGCAACAACAGCCUCGGCAACAAAUGCAUCCAGUCAUUUCGGCUGUAUCCAGUCGGGGAGGAACCGUUCCGCUUCAAAAUGGCAUCAUAAACGCACUAAACGACACCACCCUAAACAAUUUUCAGCUUAACAAUACCAUCAUCAGACGAGUAGAGUAGAAGGGAGAAAACUCGAGCCGGAUGUACAUAGAUUUUCGCGUAAUCGGUAGUUAUGUGUUAACGAACAGGUAGAACGUAAGAGCAAUUUUUCGUUUUUUAAAUGCGGGAAAGAAGUUGAAAACUACGCUAUUCCCCUACUGCGCUAUCACCUUUCACCAGAAACAAACAAUGUUUAACAUCUUUUACAUCUUGUAUAAUAGUAAUACACGAAACAAAAUUUUCCAUUAAUAAAAACACUAUCGUAAAAUAAUCAAAGCUGAAUUCGUUACGUGGUUGUCUGUUUUGUUACAGAACUGAAAACGAAAGCAUUACCAGACUCAAAAUGAUAUUCCAACAACUUUUUUUUUUUAUUAAUAUAUCAUUAUUUUUAGCAAGUAACUUCCAGUUGUAGUCUUGUUAAACAAUAUAAUCUUUUCGCGUCUAGCCAAACACAUAAUCUCAAACAUACAACCGUUUUUUAAUGCUUGAAUUUAAAUUAUACAAAAUAACUAUAAACAUAUGAAUAUAUUUUAAACUACAAA